AUGAUAAUAACAGGUGAUGAUUAUGAAGAGCAAGGAAGACUCAAGGGAGUUCUAGCCCAGGAAUUUGAAGUUAAAGAUCUUGGGCCAAUGAAGUACUUUCUCGGAAUGGAGGUUGCAAGAACAAAACAAGGUAUUUCGGUAUCUCAGAGGAAAUAUAUUCUGGAUCUUCUCAAAGAAACUGGAAUGAGUGGCUGUAAACCAGUUGCAACACCGAUUGAACCAAGAGGCAAGUACAAAAAGGAAAAAGGGAAGACAGUUGACAAAGGUAUGUAUCAACGACUAGUGGGCAAACUGAUCUAUUUAUCUCACACAAGACCUGGUAUUGCAUUUGUUCUAAGCUUGGUUAGUCAAUACAUGCACAAUCCUUUAGAAGAACACUUGGAAGCUGUGUAUAGAGUCUUGCGUUAUCUAAAGAAAACACCAGGGAUUGGGUUAUUGUUUAAGAAAAAUGAAGAGCGAGGUGUUGAGGCCUUCACAGAUGCGGAUUGGGCAGGAUCAGUUGAGGAUAGAAGAUCAACAACUGGUUAUUGCACUAAAGUUUGGGGGAACUUGGUUACUUGGAGGAGUAAGAAGCAACCAGUGGUAGCUCGAAGUAGUGCAGAAGCAGAACUUAGAGCUCUUACUCAAGGAGUAUGUGAAUUAAUCUGGAUUAAACGCAUACUCGAAGAACUAAAACAUCAAAGGACUGCUCCGUUGAAGUUGUAUAGUGACAGUAAAUCAGCCAUUAGCAUCGCACAUAAUCCAGUUCAUCACGACAUAACUAAACAUGUUGAAGUGGAUAGACACUUUAUCAAAGAAAAAAUUGAUGAAAAGGAAUUAUGUGUUGUCUACAUUCCCAGCAAGCACCAAUAG